AUGCAGCCUACUGAAUUUUUACAAAAUAUCAAGCCUUAUAAAGCUCAAGCAAAGUCAAUUGGCGCUGUGACCACACGCAAACACAACGGAAGACUAUAUGGACAAUUAGCAGUGGACCGACUCAUAGAUUUCAAUGGUCUAUUUGAAAGCGGCAGUAGUACCGAUAGAUACGAGAACAAUUUGAGCUAUAAAAAACACAAAGAGUUAGGAGGCGCUUAUACACGCUCAGAAUUGAGAGCUCCUAUUAAAAACGUUCUAAAUAUAGUUAACCACGAUCAAUCACCACCUAAAGGCCACCAUUAUUCAAGAUCAUCAUAUAUAGAUGACUUAUAUAGGUCAAAAAUAGUCCCAGCAAACAAUAUCAACCUACAAGGGAUCAUCCGCAUCAGACUUAACCAACAUUUUCGACGUAAAGAAAAUUUUAACCAUGUAAGACUGGAAUCCCUUAGUGGGAUAACAGGCAAAAAAUGUGAUUAA